AUGGCGGCCGAAGAAGCCAAUGGGACGCGGGCGAGGAGGCCAUGGAUCAUGAACGCGUUUGCCAUGACUGCUCCGGGACAUCUGGCGCCAGGGCUCUGGCGCCAUCCAGCGCAGGAAAAGCAAACGCUCGAGCAUUGGGUGCUAAUCGCAAAACUUCUGGAAGAAGCCAAAUUCCACGGCAUCUUCUUCGCCGACGUGCUGGGUAUAUACGACGUAUAUGGCAACGACAACGCGCCCGCCCUGCGCUCGGCAGCCCAGAUUCCCAUCCUCGACAUCAGUCUGCUCAUCUCGGCCCUGGCAUAUGAAACCAAGCACAUCUCCUUCGGCAUCACAGCAAGCACAACAUAUGAGAACCCUUAUGCCCUCGCCCGCAAAUUUUCCACCCUCGAUCAAAUCACCAAUGGCAGAGUGGCGUGGAACAUCGUCACAUCAUACCUGCAGUCUGCCGCCGAUUCCUUCGGCCUAGACCAGCAAGUGGAGCACGAUGAACGAUACAAAAUGGCCGAUGAGUUCCUGGAGGUGGUGUACAAGCUGCUCGAAGGCAGCUGGGAAGACGACGCGGUGGAAGCGGACAAGGCCACGGGCGUCUACGCGAAUCCCGCCAAAGUGCACAAGAUCAACCAUGUGGGCAAGUACUACAAAUGCACCGGCCCCAACCUCGUCGACCCGACGCCGCAGCGCACGCCCUUCCUCUUCCAAGCCGGCGCCUCCAAAUCCGGCAUGGCAUUUGCAGCCGCUCACGCAGAGGCCAUGUUCUUGCCCGGCAUGAUACCGGCGAAGACGCAGCAGAUCGUCCAUACCGUCCGCGGCAUCCUCAAAGACAUCGGCCGGCCCGAGACCAGCGUGAAGUUCCUAGCCGGCAUGUUCAUCGUCGUUGCUGAGACGGACGAAGAAGCCCACGCCAAAUACCAGGAUCUCCUUCAAUACGUCGAUCUCGAAGGCACCGCAGCCUUGUUCGGCGGAUGGACAGGAACGGACCUCUCCAAAUUCUCCGACGACGAAGACUUUGCUUUCAAUGGUCCCCCGGCAAUCCAAGGGUUGAUUAACAGUUGGGCAGCAACGGCACCGGGCGGCACGAAAUGGACCAAAAAGCGCGUCCUCCAAGAACUAUCGAUAUGUGGUGCCCAUCCGAAAGCUGUUGGCAGUGCUACGACUGUCGCCGAUAUUCUGGAGACCUGGAUCAACGAGGCCGAAGUGGAUGGGUUUAACCUCAGCUACGCCACCACGCCUGGCACAUUCGAGGACAUGAUCAAGUAUCUCUGGCCCGAGCUGCGGCGACGGGGAGUGUUGCAAACCGAGUAUUCCGGCAAGACUAUGCGCGAGAGCUUUUUGGGGGAUGGGGGAGGUCCGCGUGUUAGGAAGGGGCAUCCGGCAAAUCGAUUCAAGCAUGUCGUCAAUUGAGGAAUCGACCAGUGUGCAUGGGAUCAGAAGAUUGAGGGAAU